AUGAAGGAUAUUCAUCAAGCGUUGGAGAGUCGAAACCAAGUCGACGCUGUGUAUCUGGACUUUGCAAAAGCGUUUGACGAGGUUAGUCAUAAGCUUUUGUUGACUAAACUUCACAAGUUUGGAAUAAGAGGUGACCUACUAAGUUGGUUUGAAAAUUAUCUCUCCGGCCGCUACCAAAGAGUCACUGUUCUGGGUGAGACCUCGGGUACAAUCCCUGUACUGUCUGGAGUUCCUCAGGGAUCAAUCUUGGGGCCCCUCCUUUUCCUAGUAUAUGUGAACGAUCUUCCACAUUCCAUCUCGGGCGAAUCAACUGUGGCAAUGUUAGCCGAUGAUACCAAGUGCUACCGUCCGGUGAAAGAUUUACCCGAUUGCGAAAGUCUGCAGAAUGAUCUCAAUAAUCUCGUGAACUUGUGUACUAUCUGGAAGAUGGACUUAAAUAAGUCUAAAUGCGGAGUAAUGAGCUUCACAAGAAGUCGCCAACCAGUCACAACAAAUUAUAAACUACUGGAUAGUUCUCUGAAGCAACUAUGUCAUCAAAAAGACCUUGGAAUUGUUGUCACAAAAGAUAUCAAGUGGACGAAACAGAUUGAGGAAAUAACAUCAAAAGCGAGCUCAAUGCUAGGCUUCAUUCGUCGAACAGCCUCCGACACGCAUAACAUCCACGUGCGAAAGGUCUUGUACCUGUCAUUAGUGCGCAGCAAGUUAGGAUAUAUGUCAGCCAGGUGUGGGCACCUCAAACUGUCACCGACAUACUGUCAAUAG